GAAGCAGCCCGGAAGUUAGUCGUUUAUUGACAAUAUGGCCACCGAGCUCGGCUUGGAUUUGGGGAUAAUUUUGAUUUGACAGCGCAGACCGGAGGAGAUUCCGAAAUAAAACCGACUUCCGCCUCAGGAGUGUACGGAGCCGAUGCGUUUGAAUGAAGGGAUUCGUGGCACGUCCCUGGGACGGUGAUAGUGAGCAGAGGAAGCGUCCAGAGUGCGAAACCCGUCAUGUCGUUUUUUAAGAGGAAAGCCAAAAGCAAGGAACCCGAGAGAGUAACGGAUGCUAAAGUUAACAAAGUUCCAGUCAACCCUCACUCUCCUUCACACGGACUGAAGAACCACAAUGCCGUCCUGGACGCCGCCGGGCCGAGCCACGUGGCCAUCAGUGCCAUAUCAGCCAACAUGGACUCCUUCGCCCGGGGCCGCACCGCCAUCCUCAAGAAGCAGCCGAGCCACAUGGAGGCAGCGCACUUCGGAGACCUCGGGCAUUCCAGCGUGAAUUAUCUGCCCCCGGAGACGCGCUCUCGGAUGUCCAAGACAGUGGACCAGGUCCUCAGAGACAAUGUGGCAAUGCCCCACUUCCUGCACUGCAUGGAGCACCGGGGCGCCGACCACCUCGUUCGGUUCUGGCUCGAGGCCGAGAGCUUCCGCUCGGCCAGCUGGUCGCGAGUCCGAGCGCAAAACCUCAACUCCGUCAAACACAGCUCGCUGGCCGAGCCGGUCCCCGUCUCUCCAGACGGGCCAGAGCUCGAUCAGAACACGUUCAAUGACCUUGCCCUCCACAACAGCCGUGGGAACCCGUCGCCGCUCUCCACCCGGUGGGACUCGUUGAGCGGGGAAGGCAAGCCGUCUCGGGCGGAGACCCCCAGCACACAGCCACCUUCCAGGACAGGGACUCCCUCUAAGGGCCAUCCCAACAAUACUCUGCGAGACUUCUCAGACACACUCAUGAAAAGUAUAGAAAAGGAUGCUGUUACCAUCUUCACCAAAUACAUUUCUCCAGAUGCUGCAAGACCCAUCCCCAUCACAGAGCAGAUCAGAAACGAUAUAGUCGCUAAGAUUUGCGGAGAGGACGGCAUGGUGGACCCAAACUGCUUUGUCAUUGCGCAGUCGGUUGUCCUCGCCAUGCUGGAACAACAGCACUUUACCGAAUUCCUGCGGAGCCACCAUUUCUGUAAAUACCAGAUUGAAGUUUUGACGAGUGGCUCCGUGUUCCUGGCUGACAUCUUGUUCUGUGAGUCAGCGCUCUUCUAUUUCUCAGAGUACAUGGAGAAGGAAGAGGCGAUGAAUAUACUACAGUUCUGGCUGGCUGCGGAUAACUUCCAGAACCAGUUGGCUGCUAAAAAAGGCCAGUAUGACGGCCAGGAGGCUCAAAACGACGCCAUGAUCCUCUAUGAUAAGUAUUUCUCACUCCAGGCUACCAAUCCUCUGGGCUUCGGCGACUCGGUACGGAUGGAGAUCGAGUCGAACAUUUGCCGGGAGGGAGGGCCGCUCCCCGACUGUUUCACCACUCCUCUCAGACAGGCCUGGACGACCAUGGAGAAGGUGUAUUUGCCCGGCUUCCUGUCCAGCAACAUUUACUACAAAUACCUGAGCGACCUCAUCAACUCGGUGCGGGGCGACGAGUUCGUGAACGUGAGCGGUCAAGGUCAAGGUCAGGGCGUGCCGGCAGACAGCGACCGCUCCGGCUCGAACGCCGGCGAGAGCUCCCAGGUUCAGCAGGGAGCCAAGAAAGCAGCCAUCAAGAUUUUGAAGAACUUCGACGAGGCGAUCACCGUCGACGUGGCCAGCCUGGAUCCGGAGAUGCUCUACCAGCGGCCGUACGCUGGAAAGAUGACUUUCGGAAAGGUGAACGAGUUGGGUCAGUUCAUCAGAGAGGCCGAGCCAGAACCCGACGUGAAGAAAUCAAAAGGUUCCAUGUUUUCUCAAGCAAUGAAGAAAUGGGUCCAGGGCAACUCAGACGAGGCCCAGGAGGAAAUGGCGUGGAAGAUCGCCAAGAUGAUUGUCAACGACGUCGUUCACCAGUCGAACCACGACAGCCCCGGCAAAUCCACCAAGCUAUGACCCUACUGAGGAACCAAAGGACAGUAACUCCCUGCAGACUCUGUCUAUCGGCUGGAUUUACGCCGCAGUGAACUGCUUUACCGCCCCUCAAAACAAGAACAAAGAAUUUUAUCGCCUCCCCGUUUACCUUAUGCUUGUGUGUGUGCGUGUAUUUGCGUGUGUGUGUGUGUGUGUGGCUGUUAUUACGGGCGAGUGUUAACGCAUGGACCGAGACAAAACUUGAAGUACUUCAAUCUUCUAUCUCCAAAACACUAUGAAGAUGCACACGAGGGCGCUCGCAUUAAGACACUCCUGUAGGAAGACAUUCAGCACGUGUCCAGAAGGAAGCAGCAGCAUUUUGAUACUACGGUUUAUUGCUUAUCUCGGACCUUUGGAGGAUUCUACUAGGACUUCAUUAAAUUCACUCCCACACAGCACCUUUUUUUUUUUUAUAAGCAUUCCUUGUUUUUACGUGAGUUUCUCUCGCCUGGGUCUACCACUUAGAGCCAAUCAGCAAGUUUUCGAGUCGUAGUCACAGAAGCAGCGUGGAGUUGUUUACUAAUUGAAGCUGUUCCGCCCCGGCCCUUUGCGUACUGUAGAGCAUCUCGCGAUGUGACUGUGAAUCAGGCAGGCGAAGAGCGGAUCCAGUUCUUGGACUGAACAUCUAGGCACCUUUACGGAACGAUAGAAUAAUACUCCAGCUAUGUCAGAAAACUCCAAACUCCACGUCCUUAAGGUUCUAUACAUAUAUAUAUAUAUAUAGAUAUAAAUUCUGGUUUAUCCCUUAUAUGAAUAUUUGUCUUUUUUUUAAAUUGUAAUCUUAGUUUUUAUACAUAUAUAAGCAUUGCUGACACAAAACUCAGUAAUGAAUUGACUGCUAAACUGGAAGGUGUGCUCAGUUAAUUUUAUUUUAUUUUUUAUUUCUUUUGAGCCUUACCUAGAUGUGGAAAGGAACCAGAAAAAAAAACUCUUGGUACUAUGUACCACUGUUUUUGACAUGUAUGUGUACUUGAUCUAUAAUAUAUUUAAAAUGUGUUUGAUUCAAAGACAAUUACUAUAAAACAUGUGGUUUUUUUUUUCCUU